AACAAAACAAGUUUCUUCUAUAGUGCGAUAAAUUACUCUAUUUAUUACCAGGAGAAUUGUCUGUGCUUCAAAUUCAACUUCGUGUUUUUUAAGUUUGAAACUAAAAACUACACAUGAUGCGGUUACGAUGAUGUUUCCGAAUGCAAUGUCACUUUGCCUCAUUUUUACGUUUCCUUCAUUCCAACGUCGAUCCAUUUUUUCACCAACCCCAAAUAGUUAAUCACCAUGAGAAAAGGAGAAAAAAUUCCAUUUAUGUGCUGCUGAAAAUUGAAGAUAAUUGUUGUACUUUCUGAAAGUAUACCAGAUAUUGAAUUUUUCGCCAAGAUGGGUUCGAUUUUUAGUGUGGCGAGGGCGAGUAAUACCAAUUCUGAUAAAAGUGAGUGGGAUGGAGUCUCUCCGAAUGAGAUAUGUAAGAGACAAAGAAUGUCGCUUACGGUUGACGAGGAGAAUCCAAGACUAUUCCCUAAUCUUCCCGAUGAGGUAUCGAUUCAGAUUAUUGCUAGAGUUCCGAGAAUUUGUUACUUCAAUGUAAGGUUGGUGUCAAGGAAGUGGAAAUCGACUAUCAUGAGUUCGGAGCUAUAUAAAAUAAGAAAAGAACUAGGGACAACAGAAGAGUGGCUAUAUAUGUUGGUUAAGGUUGGAGAAAACAAGCUUUUUUGGCAUGCUGUUGAUCCUCGGUCUCGGAUAUGGCAGAGACUGCCUACUAUGCCUAAUGUUGUUGAUGAAGAGGAAUCUAGAAAAGGUUCUUCUUCUGGGCUUUGGAUGUGGAACAUGGUGGAAGGUAUGAGAAUUGCUGAAGUUAUUAGAGGCUUUUUUGGACAGAAGGAUGCAUUUGAUGAAAUGCCGUUUUGUGGUUGUGCUAUUGGAGCUGUUGGGGGAUGUCUCUAUGUUUUAGGCGGAUUCUCGAAAGCUUCGACUAUGAGAUGCGUCUGGCGAUUCGAUCCAACACAAAAUACGUGGAGCGAGGUGACUUCUAUGUCUACAGGUCGGGCGUAUUGUAAGACAGGAAUCUUAAACAACAAGCUUUAUGUUGUUGGAGGGGUUAGUCAAGGUUCCGCCGGAUUGCUACCUCUUCAAUCUGCUGAAGUUUUUGAUCCUUCGACAGGUACAUGGUCAGAUGUGCCUAGUAUGCCCUUCUCAAGAGCUCAGGUUCUUCCCAACGCCUUCUUGGCCGACAUGUUAAAGCCGAUUGCCACAGGGUUGACGUCAUACAUGGGAAGGUUAUGUGUUCCGCAGAGUUUGUAUUCAUGGCCAUUUUUUGUCGAUGUUGGUGGAGAAAUCUAUGAUCCUGAAACAAACUCAUGGAUAGAAAUGCCAAUUGGAAUGGGCGAGGGUUGGCCCGCACGGCAGGCAGGUACAAAAUUAAGUGUCGUAGUGGACGGCGAAUUAUAUGCUUUUGAUCCUUCUAAUACUAUGGACAGUGGAAGGAUCAAGGUAUAUGAUCAAGGAGAAGAUGCUUGGAAAGUUGUUAUUGGAAAAGUCCCUAUAUAUGGUUCUGAUGAUUCGGAAUCUCCUUAUCUACUUGCUGGUUUCCAUGGAAAACUUCAUGUCAUCACAAAAGAUGCCAAUCAUAAUAUUUCUGUUCUGCAAGCUGAGCUGCGCAACAAUUUGAAUUCUUCACCGUCGUCGUCGUCCUCAACUCUGUCACAAAGUUCAUUGCAUGAAUCCGUGGACCCGCCUGUCGAAACAGAUGCAGUAGUUUGGAAAAUAAUUGCAAGUAGGUGUCUGGGACAGGUUGAACUAGUUAGUUGUCAAGUUAUUGACAUGUAGCUGCAAAAAGGCAAGCAAUAAAUGUGACAGAAAAUCUGUGAAGGGUUAGUUACCUGGUAGGACUGAGUGAGUACAUUUCGACAUUGAUUAAGGUGCCCGCGAAUUGAAGAGUGCUGUUAUAGUUUGGUUGUAGCUAUUGUUUUUUUACGUAAAUAAGUUCUAUAGGAACUGUCAGAUUGUACACUGACACGAUAGAAUAAUAUCAGAGAAAGAAAUCCAUUAUGUCCACUCUUUGUCAUUCUAUGUACAUACACUAAAAUUAAAUAAUAUAAGACUCAUAUAUUGUAGCA